CAGCCACUCAGCCACAGUCGCGACGCUGCCGCCCGCCACAGCCAGCCACAGCCGUGACAGUCGUCGUCCUCGCCGACACUCUUGUCGCCAUCUUCCAGGCCUCGUUCUCAACUUCACCUUUGCUAUUAACGUGGCCGCGAUGCAAGCAAUGCCAAUGCCCAUAUCGCUGCCCAGUAUCAGCGGCAGGGGCUUGCAGAUUGGCAAUCUGAUGGGCCACAUGCCCGCUGACGGUACACCCAUCGUCCACUCAGUCAAGAAAAUUCCGCAGCUGCCAUGGCCCGAUAUAGGCCACCUCGCCAAGUGGUCGGUCUCGUCCCACAAGUUCGGUUUCGGCCCAGAGUGUCUAACCGACGACGAACCAGAUACUUUCUGGCACUCGGAUGGCCCACAGCCUCACUUCAUCACCAUCGAGUUCCCGCGGAAGGUCGCCAUACAGAAAUUGAGCGUUUACCUUUCAUUUCCUCUCGAUGACUCCUACACGCCUGCUACUCUCGCUGUCCGAGCGGGCACUGGCCCCACUGACCUUCAAGACGUGCGUAUUGUCACCCUCGAAAAGCCCGACGGCUGGAUCACGUUCGACGUGAGCGCCGAGCCUAACGAGGACGGCGACGGCUGCAAGUCCAUCAACGCUUACAUGGUCCAGAUCAUCAUUCUUGCCAACCACAUGAACGGGAAAGACACGCACGUUCGUGGGCUCCACAUCCUUGGGCCUAUUGAAGAUACGCCAGCAGACAAUGAAGAACCGUUUCCCUGGACUUCUCCUACUUUCAAGAUGUACGAAUGUAUCCGCUGACUCUGGUCAUAUGGUAGCAGCUCGUGGAAUUAGUGGUGGUUGUACCGAUAUGGAUGUUGUAUUCCCAAGUUUUUGUUUCCAGAUUGUAGAUCUUG